AUCCGCCAAUAGAUUAAGGUGUUUAUGUAGACAUAACAGAGGAGAGACGAUUUUUUUUUGUCUUGAAGAAGAGGGAAUACUUUUUUACAUGAACUUUAAUCUCUGCUACUAUUGAUCAGUCCUGUGUAUAUGUAUAGAAUGGAGUCUUGGAGCUUUGGUUCUGAAGGGAAGGGUUUUCUGUUAUCUGAUGAGCUGAUUUCACAUGCUGAUGCUCGUGACCCAAGUGGGGGAGUUGGGAUGUGUUGGAACUCGAGAACCCACUGUAAUUUCGAGAACAACAUGUUCAUCCCAGGUCGACUCGCCAUUGAAAGCCAAGGAGGAUUCAUGGAAUUGGGUUUCCCUGAAAUCACCAAGAAAUCACUUCCCGACAACCCGAUUGGAGGAGUUCUGGGAAGUGAGAUUGGUAACGCAAGUGUGGCUUCUCCUACUUGUGUGGUAUCCCCUAAAACGUUUUUAGACGAGGAGUCCAGUUCAAGGUUCUCUAGCUCUGCCGUGGAUUCCAAUAGUAGAGAUUCGUCACUGAUUGAUUUGAAGCUGGGGAGGUUGGCUGAUUGCAGAGAUGCACAAAAAGGUGGAUCUUCCAAACAAAAGCCUGUUUUUAAAUCAGUCAGCUCAUCUGUGCCGGCAAAGAGAGCCCGCACUACGAGUUUGAACUCUCAGACUCCCUAUUGUCAAGUUCUUGGUUGUAACUUGGAUCUCAGCUCUUCAAAGGACUACCACAAGAGGCAUAGAGUUUGUGAGGCUCACUCAAAAACCGCCAAAGUUAUCGUGAACGGCAUCGAGCAGAGGUUUUGCCAGCAGUGUAGCAGGUUUCAUUUACUGGCUGAGUUUGAUGAUGGUAAGCGAAGCUGUCGAAAACGCCUUGCAGGCCACAAUGAGCGUCGCAGGAAGCCCCAAUUUAAUCACAAUAGUAGAACAGGAAAAUUUCUUUCAAUGGAUCAAGGUAACCGGUUUCUUGCGACUCCCUUUUCCUCAAGGACAUCUUUCAUUUGUCCAGAUAUAUUUCCAAACAGCAUUGCGCAUUCAACAAAAUAUGGAACUGGUAACUGGUGCAAGGAGCUAAAAUUAGAGCGUGAGACAGCUGAUCCUCAGUCAGUGAUGCCGAUUACAAAUGGGCUUCCAAGAUCCUUCCUCCCUCCUUAUGGCUCGGAGAAACAGUACCCAUCUUUGAAUGGCGAAGGAAUUGAUACUGGACCACAAAGCAUUUUGUUUGAGAAGAAUAAUCAAUACCCGCAUGAUUUUUCCAUCCCAAAUUGUGUCUCACGAUCAUUGUUCAGAAAUACCACAUUAGGAAGUGAAGACUUCACUGUUUUUGAUACAGCAUCAACCAUUCAAGGACUAUCUGGAGUCUCUGACUCUGGUUGUGCUCUCUCUCUUCUGUCAACUCAAUCACAGAAUUCCUCAAGUCAUUCGUCUGGAAAUCCCCAUGCUCAGCCCAUGAUCAUCCAAGGCAAUCAUUCCCAUCAAAGCCUAGGUCCAUUUCAUGAAAAGCUUUUAGGAACAAGCUCACAAGCAUCAACAAGUGUUGCAUCAAAUAAGUUUUCUUCAUGUGGGAUGAACUCUGUGGAAGUCGAUCACAUGGAGCCUGUAUUAGUUUCUGAUGACAGUGAUGUUGUCAACUUUGAAGUUCAUACGCGAGGAAUGUUUCAAGGGUCAGAUCUUGUGGAUGCCAAGGAUUCUAUCACUCCUGAUCGAGGACCCACGGUUGAUUUGCUUCAACUGUCAUCACACCUACAACGCGUGGAGCAUCAGAGGCAUUUCUUGCAAGUGAAGCAGGAAAAUGAUAUCUUCUACUGCCUCCCUAUUACUUAACUGGUAUUAUAAUAACAAGGUACAUAUGCAUAUCCCUUGGAACUUUAUUUCUGUUGCUUUAAACUUCUCCCCUUGUUUGGAAAUGUCAGUGCUUUACUCUCUGGAGUGUUCAGUUCCCUCAAUUUCUCUGGCUUUUCUUGAGGUGGAAAAGUAGGUUGCUGUUAGCCUGUGGUGGUGACCCUGAUAUUCCAAUUCAGUUUCUGACAUAAAUUUGUAAUGACAGAAGGAAAUCACUAUGCCAAUGGAAAUGUAUGAAAUUGUUUAAACCUGGGAAAAACAGGAAUGUGUGUGUGAAAGAGAGCUAUGUACCUUAGAAACCUUUGUUUUUGUGGCUUGGAACUCCUCAGCUAAUCUGGAACUGCCCGUGCUUCACUAUC